CAUCAUAUGGACGCCUUCCAAGCAGCGAGGUCCGCCUACUUGCGAAGCAGGGGGCAUGACUCAUCCUCAAGGCAUAGAGCUGAUCGCCCGGAUUCUAUCCCCUACGCGAAGGGUCGUGGCAGAACUCGAAACGUGAUCCCUUCGAGCUCUUCCACUUCGAUGGAUUUGAAUGGUUACCAGCCAGGAGGGUGGCCAGGCUGGAGUCCCAAUCCAUGGUAUGAUGAUCAGUCCUGGUGGGGUGUUGGACCUUAUGGUAAAGGAGGUCCACCAAUGGGUCAAUGGGGAGGCUGGGACUACUAUCGACAGGCAGCACCCUGGACUAGUGGUAAAGGGAAGGGCAAAGGUGGUGGUGGUGGUGGUGGUGGUGCUGGCCUCUUCUGGGAGGAUACCUUGGGAACAUUGCCCAAGGCCAGCCAGUUCUAUUGCGAGCCCUGUGAGAUGGACUUGUGUACGGCCGAGGCCCUCGGAAAGCACAAGCUGACAUACCAUGUAAAGUGUCCAAUGCCAGGCUGUGACUAUAGUGCUCCUCCCCAUCUGGUUGAAGCUCAUAAGUGGAGCCAUAUGGCCGAAUCCAAGGGAGCCGAUGCUGAAUCCAGUAACUCUUCGCAACAACCUGAGGAAAUCCAAACAUGGCUUGAGGAGAGGAGGAAGAAUUUCCCUAAUGCUGCAAAGAACCGUCGUAGUGACGAUGUCAAAGGGAUGACACUCAAGGAGAUUCCUGAGAGCAGCAGUAGCGAGAGUAGUGAUUCGGAAUCGAGUCCAGAAGAGGAUGCCAAGUAUUCGAGUGAAGCUAAGGGCGAGGAGGAGGAGGUAUCCGUUCCUACGUUUAGUGAUGACGUCGCUGUUGGUACCAUAGAGGUUCCCAGUGAAGAAGAGAAUGGUGUGAAGGUGACUAGACCCAAACAUGGUAUGUGUCGCUUCUUCUUGGAGCGGGGACGGUGUCGACAUGGGGACAAAUGCAAGUACAAGCAUGUUAGACUAGCCCGACCUAAUAGGAAGAAGAAUAAAAAUAAUCAUAAGGAGCUCGUUGAUCAGCUUAAAACGUUCCUGGCUGAGAAGGGCGAAGAUUCCGAUGCGGACGAGUCCAGUUCAUGACCGGGAGCGAUCCACUCAUAGUGAGUGGUAGCAUUGUGAUGUUGGUCCGCUCAUCCCGUUCUACUGUACAUCUUAAGCCUCCCCACUAUAGUCUUUAUUCCACAGUAUCA